AAUUUAUCAUGUAUAAUACUGAGUUUUGGGUAAAGUAUGUAUUUAGAGUGUUGCACAUUGGAAGUGUUACAGCAUUAGGAGGUCGUAUAAUAUACGAUUAUUUAUGGCCUGAUUAAGGAGAGAUAACAAAGGCAUAAGCAUUAUUUGCAGGAAUUUCAGGAUUCCUAAUGAUUUUGGCAGGGAUCGUAAACAUAUUUUUGUUGAAGGGAAAAGAAAAAUUAAAAUCUAAAAAUAAGUUUUGGGCUGGUACCUUACAUCUCAAAGCAAUAACGAGUAAUAAUAAUAAUAAGUAUAUAUAAUAGCCAUAAUUAUACUAACACCUUUGGCAAAAUUUAUAUCUAGAGAUCAGUAGGUUGUGAAAGCCAUAUAAUUUUAUUAUGUAGUUGCUAUGCUGUUGCUGAGUCCGUUUUUAAGAUUCUAUCGUGAAUGGUGGACUGAGUUAAAUAGAUAAAAUAAAUUAAGUUGAAAUAAUAUUGC